AUUACCAAACUAAACCCCCUUCAAAGUCUCUCUCUCUCUCUCUCUCUCUCUCUCUCUAAUAACACUUGGGCACAGUGUUGUUAGAGGGAUGGAGCAAGUGUCUGAUAAGUCUUGGCAUAGACUUGCGCUAUGGAUUGCGCAAAUUUACGACACUGUGUCAUCAUCGUCAGCCGCCACUGCCGUCGACAUUACUCCGGGCCGAGUUGGCGAGCUUCUGUGGCAGCUGCGGUCGGCCGUCAUUGUGCCGCUGGUGAGGCUCUCCAUUGCGGUGUGCUUGAUCAUGUCGGCGAUAGUGCUCAUUGAGAAGUUGGGCAUGGGGAUCAUAAGCCUCUAUGCGAAGGUGUUUCGCCGGCGCCCGCAUCGAGUCUACAAGUGCGACCCCAUCGCCGCCGACGAGGAGAUGGGGUCUUGCGCUCACCCCAUGGUCUUGGUCCAGAUCCCCAUGUACAACGAGAAGGAGGUGUACCAGCUGUCGAUAGGAGCCGCGUGUAACUUGGUGUGGCCGGGGGAUCGGAUUAUAGUACAAGUGCUCGAUGAUUCAACCGACCCGACCAUAAAGGAACUCGUAAAAGCCGAGUGCACAAAAUGGUUCAACAAGGGGAAGAACAUAAAAUACGAGACGCGGAGCAACAGGAACGGGUACAAAGCAGGCGCUCUCAAAGAAGGGAUGAAGCAUAGCUACGUCGGAGAUUGCGAGUACAUUGCCAUGCUCGAUGCCGAUUUCCAACCCGCUCCCGAUUUCCUUUUGCGGACCAUCCCAUUCCUUGUGCACAACACCGACAUUGCGCUCGUUCAAGCUCGUUGGCAGUUUGUAAACGCAAGCGAGUGCUUGAUGACAAGGAUGCAAGAGAUGUCAAUGGACUACCACUUCAAGGUAGAGCAAGAAUCAGGUUCCACCUCGUGCGCAUUCUUCGGUUACAAUGGUACGGCUGGAGUGUGGAGAAUCCACGCCAUAAAUGAAGCUGGGGGUUGGAAAGAUAGAACUACUGUUGAAGACAUGGAUUUAGCAGUCAGGGCUGGUCUUGGCGGUUGGAAAUUUUUAUACAUCGGUAACAUCAAGGUCAAAAGUGAAUUACCAAGCACAUUCAAAGCUUAUCGUUAUCAACAGCAUCGUUGGUCAUGUGGACCAGCAAAUCUGUUCAGAAAGAUGGUGUGGGAUAUUGUAAAGGCUGAGAAAGUGUCAAUAUGGAAGAAGUUCUUUGUGAUCUACAACUUCUUCUUGGCUCGGAGGAUUAUAUCGCACUUUGUCACCUUCUCUUUCUACUGUGUGGUGAUACCAUUUUCAGUUUUUUUUCCCGAAGUUCAAAUUCCCAUGUGGGGGGUGGCAUAUGUUCCAACAGCAAUUACUCUUAUGAAUGCAGUUGGAACUCCAAGGUCAUUUCAUCUAAUAAUCUUCUGGGUCUUAUUUGAGAACGUCAUGUCCUUACAUCGGUGCAAGGCUGUCUUUAUUGGUCUAUUUGAAGCAGGGAGAGUAAACGAGUGGGUCGUUACAGAGAAGUUGGGGGACAUGCUAAAGACAAAAUCCAAACUUGAUGUUGCAAAGAAAUUUCACUUCAAAUUUAAGGACAGAUUCCAUGUCCUGGAGCUUGUCGUUGGGUUAUACCUGAUGGUGUGUUCAUGUUACGACUUUUUCUACCGCAAGGACUACUAUUUCAUCUACUUCUUUCCUCAAUCCAUAGCUUUCCUCAUCAUGGGUUUCGGCUAUAUUGGUACAAUCAUCCCUACCAACAAAUAAGGCAG